UCGAUGUAGCAAAAACCAUGACAGGCAUCGCCGCCGCCGCCUCCUUCUUCUCCAACAAUUGCCAGUUCGGGGGCUGUGGACUGCAUUUCGAGUCGCUGGCCGAGCUCAUCGUGCACAUCGAGGAUAAUCACAUCGAUACAGAUCCUCGUGUGUUGGAGAAACAGGAACUGCAGCAGCCCACUUAUGUCGCCCUCAGCUACAUUAACAGGUUUAUGACAGAUGCAGCGCGGCGGGAGAAUGAUUCUCUGAAGAAGAAAGUUCAGCCAAAGUUGUCACUCUCACUGACGGGCAGCUUUUCACGCAACAGCGUGGCCACGCCCCCUCGCCACAACAGCGGCAACCUGACCCCGCCCGUGACCCCGCCCAUCACGCCCUCAUCUUCAUUCAGGAGCAGCACCCCCACAGGCAGCGAGUAUGAUGAGGAGGAAGCAGAAUAUGAAGAGUCUGACAGUGACGAGUCGUGGACCACCGAAAGUGCCAUUAGCUCUGAAUCCAUCCUCAGUUCCAUGUGCAUGAACGGUGGUGAUGAGAAACCGUUCGCAUGUCCCGUGCCUGGCUGCAAAAAGAGAUACAAGGUAAAAAUGGCUGAAAAUAUCUACUUUCAUUUGGCUAACGGCCACCGCACUCAGAUCCGCGUUCGGAAGCCCUUCAAGUGCCGGUGUGGUAAAAGCUACAAGAGCUCUCAGGGGCUUCGACACCACACCAUCAACUUCCACCCGCCCGUCUCUGCCGACAUCAUCCGCAAGAUGCAGCAGUAGAGUGCCAACAUCCUCCUCUACAUCCCCACACACACUCCAAUACAUGUAUAUACAGUACAAACAGAACACCUCCACAUCCAUCCGCACCAGCAGCUGUGGCUGUCCAUUAACUGUGACUUUGACACAUUUUGUCCUCAGUUUUUUGGAGGACAUCCAAAAAAAAUGUAUCUGGAGGACAAUUUGUCUUUCUCUCUAUUUUACUCUUUCAAGAGUAAGACUCUUGCGCCUCCCUUUUCCUUCCACUCCUCAUGAGGAAGAAACUUUAAUCGUUUUCUAUUCCUCUUCCUCAAGGAAGACUCCCAGAAUCCCUGUGUCAUUCCGGACCUCCAUGAGGAGGAUUUGAUUCAACCGUCUAUCAAAACACUACAUUUUGAAUUGCAUGCUUUCUGUAAUUUUUUUUUUCUUUUUUUUUUUUUUCCUUUGCUUAUUUGUAUCUUAUUAUUAGUUAACAGUUUUGUAUUUUUGCACAUUCGCUAAUUCUUUUUAUUUUUUCUCAUCUUAUUUUUUUGAUGCUUGGUGCUUAUUGUAAAAGACUGACGGUAUGUUUGGAAAGGAGAGAAUCGUGCCGAACAUGAGUAAAGCUUAAGGAUUCGGCGUGAACAUGAGUCUCUGUGGGAGAAAAACGAAAAAUAGGAAAGGCUUGAAAAGUCUGAAUGUUUGUAAUAUAACAAUAUCUACCCCAUAUAAGCAACCUUCAUAGCUAAAGGUUGUGUAUAUAACUAUAUUCUAUACGUUUCCUAGUCAGAUUUAAAUUCUAUACUUUAUUCCUAAAUUUUAUUUUGUAUAUUUUCAACUGAACUUCUGAGAUGACGAUAUCGAUUGAUUAUGGAUGUGCAGUUUUUUUGGUAGUGCUUUCACCUUUUCCGUUAUUCUCAGAAAAGUUUUGAGUUACAGCACCAAAUGACUCUCAGGUGACAAAUCGCCAGCAUUUCAGAACUAUAAUCCUGUUAGUAUUUUAGAGUAGGCUGUUACACUCUUCCCAGGACCGUUCUGGAGCAUUCUAGAACUCCACAGCGAUCUGGUGAAGAACCUAAAGCACUUUGUAGUGACCAGUUGCCAACAUGUUUAGGGCAUUUUGUAUCGCCCACAAAUUGCAGAAUGUUUUCUGCGAGUCCGCUGCGAAAUUCAAAGGACUAAUAUGGCGCUUUGGAGGUCUCCGUCUCUUGAGGUUCUUUUUCUUCUAGCUAAGGGAAUUCAUUCUUUCGCUAUACCUCCAGUGUGCUUGUUAGAUUAAGAUUCUUGAAACUGGUUGCCUUGAAUUGUGGUACACCACAGCAUUCCAGUAUAGUAUAUGUGUAGCCAAGUGAUUCAGAUUGUGAAUUCAUCCUGAUUCUGGCUUGUCUCUGGUGUGGCCAUGUGACUUUUAUACCCCUAACCUGUCACUGGGAUGAUGUAACGUUACAACCAACCCAAAGAUCUUCAAGUAUGGACUCAUACCUCGAAUCAGAAAGGUACUUGAUUUGUUUUGCUUUUGGACUUGUGGGUGGUAUAAAUGAACAGUGGCUAGACCCUCCAGAGAUCCCGGCCAGAUCAGGGCCUGCCAAUCACUCAUUAUGACACCACCGCAUGGAUGUUAAUGUUGUUGGAAUUGCAGUAUGGGUUUAGAUGCAACAUUGUAACAGUAUUACACUGCCAGUACAGAGGGAAGUAUUUGAUAUAUUGUGUACUUAAUGUAUUGUCUUGAUGUGAGUGCUUUAAAUUAUAUUUUCUUAAGUUU